AUGGAGGAUUCACCAGUCUGCACUUCCAUUCAGCAGCAAUUCUUAGAACCCCUACAGUUUAUAAUCUCUUCUCUACAUUAUACCCAGAAGAAGCUGCUGAUCAGUGGAGAUCUGCAGCCAGGAGCACACAUAGAAUACAGACUUGAUGAAGAAACAAAGUGGAUUUGGAAACAGGACGUUCUUAUACAGUCCAGGAUAAGAAAUGUAUGGAAGCCUAUGAAGAGUAAUCUGACUGUGGUCGUAGAGUUUGUUCUCCUAGGAUUUCACACUGGUCCACAGUUAAGAAUUUUCCUGUUCUCUUUGCUGCUUGUGGUUUACUGUGGAGAAAUAACUGGGAAUAUCCUGAUCAUCAUCCUGGUGUCCACCAGCAAGAACCUCCACACUCCAAUGUACUUCUUAAUUUCACAACUGUCCAUCAGUGACAUCUUACUACCCACUGAUAUUGUUCCCAACAUGCUUUACAUUCUACUGAAUAAUGAGGGCAUCAUUACUUUUACUGGAUGUAUCACUCAGUUAUAUUUCUUUUGUGUCUUUGAGGUAUUUGAAUGCCUUCUUCUCACAGUGAUGUCCUAUGACAGAUAUGUGGCCAUCUGUAAUCCCCUCCAUUACUCCUCUAUAAUGACCAGAGGACAUUGUGUGAAGUUAAUCUGUAUAUGUUGGGUUGCAGCUUUCACCCUUGUGCUAAUUUAUGUCAUAACAACGUCAAUGCUAAAGUUUUGCAAACCAAAUAUUCUUGACCACUUUUUUUGUGAUUAUGUUCCUCUGCUAGAAAAAGCUUGCUCUGACACCUUCAUUGUAAAAAUUCAGGUGAUUAUAGUAAGCAUACCUGUAGUCAUUAUACCAAGCAUUAUCAUUAUUGCAUCUUAUGUCAAUAUUAUUGUCAACAUCUUAAGGAUCCCAUCCAGUACUGGUAGACAGAAAGCCUUCUCCACCUGUAGCUCCCACCUCAUUGUGGUCUCCAUAUUCUAUUGGACUCUAUACAGUGUUUAUGUAUUUCCAACAAAAGGACAAACAUCAACCAUUAAUAAGAUCCUAUCACUGCUAUAUACUGUGUUUAUCCCAGUGGUCAACCCCAUUAUCUAUAGUUUGAGGAACAAAGAUAUUGUGAAUGCCCUAAAUGAAACAUUUAAGAGCGAGGACGCCGGAAGCAAGUGCAGCAGCGUGGUGUGGAAAGCUGGGGAACGAGAGUGCCGGACAUUUGGAGAUACCGUCAGCGUGAUCUACCUCGUCCAGUGCCCAUGCUCUAGACAAUACAUUGGGCGGACGAAAAGAGCCUUGAGAGUGAGAAUAUCCGAACAUAUUGCAAACAUUAAGAAAGGAUAUUUAAAACACUCACUCUCAAGGCACUUCAAAGAAGCCCACGGUCAAGAUCCCACAGGGCUGACUUUUGUGGCCCUGGAGAAGAUCGAUAAGCACUGGAGAGGUGGGAAUCACAUUGAGCGGAUGUCAAGAGCAGAAUCCAAACAAAUUUUCAAUUUUGGAAGUAUGAUACCAGUUGGUCUAAAUGCAGAACUAGAGAUCUUUGGCUUUCUAUGA